CCCACCGCGCCUGCGCCUCAUGCCGCCAAUCGCCGCGCGGUUUGUUGGGCCGCGGCCCCGCCCCCCCACGCCGGCGAAGGACAAAGUGACUGAGCCGGGUGCGCGUGCAGCUGGUUCGCGCGCCGCCGCCAUCUUAGGAGGUCACCAUGUUCUCGUCCAUCGCGCCGCUCUCCCGGCUCAACCCGUUCUGUGCGCCGCACUUCCAGCUGGGCCAGGAUGGCGUGAGGAGGCGCACGGAGCCGCCCGCCACGCGGCGGAGCCUGGCGGCAGCGGCCGCCGAAGAAGAAUACAGCUGUGCAUAUGGCUCAGGCAGAUUUUUUCUGCUUUGUGGCCUUGGUGGAAUUAUUAGCUGUGGAACAACACAUACAGCACUGGUUCCUCUAGACCUGGUUAAAUGCAGAAUGCAGGUUGAUCCACAAAAAUACAAGGGCAUCUUCAAUGGAUUUUCAGUGACACUCAAAGAAGAUGGCGUUCGUGGCUUGGCUAAGGGAUGGGCUCCAACGUUUAUUGGAUAUUCCAUGCAGGGGCUUUGUAAAUUUGGUUUCUAUGAAGUUUUCAAAAUCCUAUAUGGCAACAUGCUUGGAGAGGAAAAUGCAUAUUUGUGGCGUACUUCGUUAUAUUUAGCUGCAUCUGCCAGUGCGGAGUUUUUUGCUGACAUUGCUCUGGCUCCCAUGGAAGCUGCUAAAGUUCGUAUUCAGACACAGCCUGGAUAUGCUAACACUCUGCGGCAGGCCGCACCUAAAAUGUUUGGAGAAGAAGGAAUCUGGGCUUUCUAUAAAGGUGUUGCUCCACUAUGGAUGAGGCAGAUUCCGUACACAAUGAUGAAAUUUGCCUGCUUUGAACGUACUGUUGAAGCUCUCUACAAGUAUGUUGUUCCCAAGCCACGAAGUGAAUGUUCAAAAGGAGAACAGCUGGUAGUCACAUUCGUUGCAGGCUAUAUUGCUGGUGUGUUCUGUGCAAUUGUUUCCCAUCCUGCUGACUCCGUGGUGUCUGUUUUGAACAAAGAAAAGGGCAGUUCUGCUUCCCAGGUUCUUGUGAGGCUUGGAUUCAAAGGUGUAUGGAAAGGUCUGUUUGCUCGUAUCAUUAUGAUUGGUACCCUGACUGCACUACAGUGGUUCAUCUAUGAUUCUGUGAAGGUUUAUUUCAGACUUCCUCGUCCACCUCCACCUGAAAUGCCAGAAUCUCUGAAGAAGAAGCUUGGUCUAACUGAAUAGACAGCUCAUGGACUAUGCUGGCUGUCCCAUGACUUUUAUAUAUUUGACUAUGUAGAAAACAAACUCUAUGUUAUGUCAUUAUUUGCUGUGCCCUCGUCCUGCAUGAGGGUUUAAAUUCUGCCACUAUCAUUGCCUGGAAUAAAUGAGAAACGGAGUGCUUAGUGUCUGUUCA